AUGCACAACCUCUUUCUUGGGUUGGUGCAACAUCAUUUCAGAGACUUGAUUACCAUAGACAAGCAGGCGAGCAAGACAAUCAGGGCGAUCAGGAAGCCAGAUAAAAGACCUUUGGAUCCAGAGGAAUUAGAUAGGGGUAGAACACUCUUGAAAUCGAACCCCACCAUCUCUGCAAUGACCCACUUAUGGGUGUCUGUCCUAGAAGCUCUGAUCCAAGAAGCGGGGAUAAUAUUGCUGGGCAGUGGUAAACAUAGCAUGAAAACAAAAAUGGCCGAAGCCUUGCUGGUGCAUUUGAACGACAAAGAUCGGAUGCAAGUAGACGACAAAACAUUUAUCAUGGAGGAAUUAGUAAAGCAGUGUGCGGCUGAAGUAGAAGGGAAAAACAACCAAAAGGGCAUAUCUGGCGAAGUCCUCACAGACGUAGAGAUCGAUCAAAUUCAAGCAGAACUGCACAGCAUCAAGCGACCUUCAUGGCACCGCGAACCGCUGAAAAACCUGGGGGAAGCAGAGCACGGUAAGAUCAAGGCAGAGCAAUGGCGAUCUGCAAUUGAAUUUGACUUACCGGUGAUUCUCGCAAAACUCUGGGGGAUGGAUCAUAUGAAGCCUGGUGAUGAAAACAGAAAACGGAGGCAAAAGUUAGCUCAUAGCACAAUGCUGCUGGCGAUGGCAAUCCAAUGGGGAACAUCACAUGUAACGUCGACGCACCACACUCAGCAGUACCUCAUAUACAUGAAGGCCUACCUGGAGUGUAUCCGGGACAUUUUUCCAAGCCAUUCUUUCCGCCCUAACCACCACUCCUGUCUCCACCUUCAUGAAUUUCUUCUAAGAUAUGGACCUAUGCACGGCUGGUGGAUGUUUCCCUUUGAGAGGAUCAUCGGAGGCCUGCAGAAAACCAAUAUGAACUACAAGAUUGGGGAGUUAGAAAGAACUAUGUUAGAAACAUUCUGCACAGCUGCACACAUCAAGGCAAUGCUUCAAGAACCUGGUGCACCUGAUGUUCUCAACAAAGCAGCUGAGAUACUGCAGCAAUGCUGCGCUCCAUUCACAGAAGGAGCAUUUUUGCAACUAUUCACGGGCGGAUAG